AUGGCUUUCAGGGGGCCCGAACCCUGGGUCUCUGCAUUCCUGCCGAGCCAGGGGCUGAAGGCCGAGGAGAAGAGCCUGGACCUGGAGUUCCAGGUCUUGAGCAUGGGGUUCAGUUAGGAGGGCAGACAUGCCCUGUGGCUGUCAGCUGAGAACCCCUUGCAGGCCAGCUCUGGGGCUGGGGUACAGGUGCAGCUGAACGAUGGAGACCUCCCUGCCUGCUCUGCUGUCACUGAUGUCCUUGAGCAGCAGCAUCCUGGCCCGAGACUCAGCCUUCCCAGGAACAAGCUUGUCUUUACUUUGCCCAAGGGUUUCUGCAAGAACAACAGGCAGCAGGACACGCAGCUGCAGGUGGAGGAGCUGAGGCUGGGCGGGGCCUCGGGCCAGGUGGCCCAGCAGGUGGGCAAGGUCAUCUUCCCCAUCUACCCGUGCCCAGACCAGCUCCCCAUGAACCUCUCUGCGAGGCUGCACGAGGACCUAUACCGCUACUGCGGCAACCUGGCUCUGCUCAGGGCCAGCGCGGGCCCCACUGCCCGCCACUGUGGGGGAUUGGCCUACAGUAUAACUUUCUAUGUGCACCGGGACCCUCAGUCCAACUGCCCUCUGGAGGCCAGCCAGUCAGAACUGAUGUCACCGAAGGACCCCCGGAACACCUCCCUGAGUGUGGAAUCUGUCAUGAGCCACCUGUGUCCCUGUAAUAAGGAGACCAUCGUCGUCACUCUCCAUGGGGCCACCAACCUCCCUGCCUGCAAGGAUGGCUCUGAGCCAUGGCCCUACGUGGUAGUGAAAACCACGUCUGAGGAAGCGAAGGACCAGAACUCCAAGGCAGUCACGUCUGUGACCACGGAGCCCACCAAAGCCCCCAUCUGGGGGGACACAGUCAAAGUGGAGAUCCAAGCUGAGGAUGUGGGGCGAGAAGAUGUGGUCCUCAAAGUGGUGGACAACAAAAAGAAAGAAGAGUUGUUGUCAUAUCAAAUCCCCAUCAAGUACCUGCGUGUCUUCCACCCCUAUCACUUUGAGCUGGUGAUGCCCACCCAGUCUGGGAACGCCAAUGAAGCCACUGCCAAGACCCAACUGUAUGCGACAGUCGUCCGGAAGGGCAGCUUCAUUCCCCGCUAUAUUGGCUGCAACCACACGGCUCUGGAGGUCUUUCUCCGGGGAGUCAACGAUCCCCUGGUCAACAGCCCCAGCCCCAUGGUGGUCAUUGCCAGAGUGGUUCCCAGCUACAAGGAGUUUAGGUGAGCGCGGAUGAACCGUGACCCGGACUCCCUGGGGCUACCCAUCACCCCACUCUCCUUCCCUGCCCCCUCCAUGAUGAACUUUGAUGUACCUCGGGCCAGCCAGCACGGGUGCCCUCAGCUGUCCAAGCCUGGGGGACCCCCGGAGCUGCCCCUGUGGAAUCAGUCCUUCCUCUUCCAAGGCCGAGAUGGAGCCACCAGCUUCUCAGAUGACACGGCGCUGGUGCUGGAGUACUACGCCUCGACUUCGAUGAAAGGCAGCGAGUUGGGGGCCCUCCGCAAGCCCCUGGGCAUCUCCGUGUUGCCACUGAAGAGCCGCCUGUACCGCCAGAUGCUGACGGGGAAAGGCCUGGAUGGGCUGCGCGUGGAGAGGCUCCCUAUCACCGACACCAAGCUGAAAACCAUGAAUCGUGUGGCCCCCACGGUGGAUCUCUCCUUUCAGCUGCUUUCCUCUGAGAGACCAGAAAACUUCUUAACACCAAACAGCAGCAAGCUUCUGCCCAUCCUGGACCCCAAGAUCUUAGAUGAGAAGCUGGGUUCCAUCCGUGAGUCCUGGUCCAAGGCUACAGUCAGCUCCACGAGGGAUUUCAGCACGUCCACCUCUCAGGAAGCAGAGGAAGAGCCUCUGAGGCCACUGAAGGCCCGUGAAAUGGAGAUGAACAACUACCGGCAGGCCAUGCAGAAGAUGGCCAAGGACAUCCUGUCGCUGCGGAAACAGGCCAGCAUCCUGGAGGCAGAGAACCACAUGCUGAUGAGCCGUGUGACCCAGGAGGAGAUGGACGAGGAGCAGGACAACGCCAACAACAUGCAGAAGCUGGUGUCCAUGAAGCAGAAACUGCUGCUGAGUGAGCUGGACAUGAAGCAACUGAGGGACAAGGUGCAGCUUCUGCAGAAUGAGCUGAUUCGGAAGAAUGAUCGAGAGAAGGAGCUGCUUCUCCUGUACCAGGCUCAGCAGCCACAGGCUGCACUGCUGAAGCGGUACCAGGAAAAGCUGCAGAAGAUGAAGGCGCUGGAGGAGAUCGUGCAGCAACAGGAGAAGGUGAUCAAGAAGAUGGAGCGGGUGCUGGAGGACAAGCUUCGGGAGAAGAACGAGCCCCUGCUGAACAGGCUGCAGGGAAAGCCCCGUGUGGCCUUCCCCAUGCUCUCAGCCUCUGGCCUUCCUCCCGGGCCUACAGGAGAGAACCAGUCUGUGGACCUUUACUCAGUGCUGCUGGCAGAGAACUCGAGGCUGCGGGCAGAGCUGGAUAAGAGCUGCCACCUGUCAGCCCCCAUCAUUCUGCAGCAACAGGCCCUGCCGGAUCUCCUUGCCAAUACUUCAGAUAAGUUUAACCUCCUGGCUAAGCUGGAACGAGCUCAGAGCCGGAUCCUGUCCCUGGAAAGUCAGUUGGAGGACUCAGCUCGACGCUGGGGACGAGAGAAGCAGGACUUGGCCACCUGGCUGCAGGAGCAAGAGUACGGCUUGCAGCCCCCCUCAAACGCCAUCAUCACAAAUCUUCCUAACCCCUCAACCCACUCCAAGGACUACGGGCGACCCUCAAAGCUGGACCCCCUGAUGCCCAGCUCGGAGACUAAGAUCAACAAGCCCUCAGACUCCCAGCAGGCCUGAGUACUGGAGCAGCCUCCCCUUCUGUGUGCAGGGGCGUCUCAUCCCCACCCCCCAAAAAAUGACUUCAUGAAAUGCUGUAAAUCACGGAGCAUUCGCGUCUUUCCUGGAGCAGGGCACCCUGGGGGCCCAGCUUCCUCCUCUCAGACCCCAUUCUGGGCCUGGCCCUCUGCGGCAGUUCUACAGCCUGUUCUAGGAGCUACCUACCAUCUCUGGAGAGCCAAAAGGCAUGGUGGACCUGGCAGGCUAGGGAGAAGAGUCCUUCCAAAGCAGGAGUCAGGGCGACAAGCUCCUUCCAGACCUCUGGAAGAAGUGAGAUCACCAGAGGCAACUCUGCUGGGAGAUGGGAGGGAGGAUGGGACUUUCCACCUGCCCCCAAACAUCCAUCUUAACCGAAAUCCCUUCUUUUAAGUUUGGUUUAAUCUGUUUCUUGGGAAGGGGAAGACUUGAAGCCUGCCUGUGGCCAUCGAUUACAUGUUAAGUGUGAAAUACCCCAAAGAUCAGGGC